CAGUUUAGAGCUGACGUCGGCGAAAUGAAAUCGGCUUGUUGCAGUUUUCCUCGCAGAAUGGAAGUAGUCGUGGAGGUGAUACGGACUAAACUCGCUUGACUUGGCAGGAUAUUGAACUCUUGUCCCUUUCUUCUGAGUAUAAGACAACCGUUACAACGAAGCCCAUCUCUGUGUCUGCUCAGCUUAUAGUGCCCCCGUAUGGACGAUGAGGAGGACGAUGUGUUUGAGCCAGACCCCCUCUGCUGGCGCACCACAUUCCGGGAGGUAAAGUGUGAAGACCGGGGCACACAGACCCCUGGCCCUGCCCUGGCACUGUACAACGGCAUGCUGCCCUGUGGAGUCGCAGAGGAGCCCAGACCACUCUUCUACGGCAACGCAGGUUUUCGAUUGCACUUCCCGGCACACUUUGAGCUUGUUGGGGAUCAGGAAGCGAGGCGACAAGAAAGUGAAGAGGAGCAAAACGGGAUGCAGCCACCCCAGCAGCAACCUGUGGCCCGCAGUGUGGAGGCCUGCAUUGGCCAGAAACUCCAGCUGAUAGGAGACCAGUUUCAUCGGGAACACCUACAACUGUUUGCGGUGGAGGCAAGUGGCAUGGAAGAUGCCUGGCCUCAAACAACGCAGGACACUGUGGUCAGCGUGACACUGUCCACUGAGUCCGUGUGCUGCAAAAUGUUGCUUCGAUAUGGGGUAUCAUCGAAACCAAAGGAACCAGGGGCCGCUGUGGUGGCGCCUGGCCACAGCUCUGCUCAGCGUUCUGUUUGACAGGGGGCUCAUUGCUGGAGGAGGUGGAGCAGGACGGAGGUGAGGGGGUCUUCCUUCAUCUCUCUGAGGAACUGGACUCCUAAUGGCACUGUCAAAUCUAACACGGGUCUGUUUUUGGUGGGGGGGGGGAAAGGAGACUAAAAGUCACCGCAGGACGGAGACAACCAACUUUUAUACAAGGUCGUGUGUUUUUUCUUUCCAAGAAGAUGCCAUGAUGCUCCGAGAUUCCUCUACAGGACAAUGUUCAUAUUUUGGUAUACGUGUGGCGUAGUAGUUUUGUACAGUACAUUUUCCUUGUUAAAUUUUUUGCACUUCAACAUAUAUCCAUCUCUUAUGACCUCCACACAUCCUGGGAAUGCCUUAUUCAAUGUCUUCUGCCAGAAUGAGUAUUGAGCAAUUUUGACAGGCAAGGCGAGAUGGUUAGGAAAUGAAAGGAAAUGUGGUGUGAGGUUUUCUUUUCUGAAGUUUCCCAGGUGACCAGACACAUUAAUUUACUAAUUUCCAAAGAGGUAACUUCUCAGAACAAAGCAUUUUGCACCUCACCUCAAAGGAACAUUUAUCUUUUCUUAUUUUCUUUAUUUUGCUUCCUAUUUUUGUUUUCUUACACCUCCAUUCUCUUCAGUAUGGUAUUAAGUUCGAACAUGAUCCCUCAGUAUCAUUCAAAAUAUUUGAAACAGAGUAAAGUCUCUGCACAUGAAAAAGUCUGCACAGUUUGACUUGUAAUUUAAAUGUAUUUUUCCAAUAUGCACAGAUGUUUUAAGGCAAGCCUUUCUUCAGUCACAUGCUACAUGUCAUACAAUUAGAACAUUUUCAUGGCUCAGGAAGUACCGGGGUGGAGUUUGCACUACUGAACAUCAGUAGUGACUGCCAGCAAACCUCUGUACAACAUCAUUCAAUCAGAUUGCAACCACUGGUUGAUGCUUCUACCAAUAUCAUGAAUUGGGAUUUUUGACACUGAAAACAAAAAAGCAGUUAGUUGUAAUUAAUAGGUAUUAUGUUAGUUGAGUGGCUGAGAUGUAGCACACUAAAAAAGGGCAGGGAAAGAAACUUUAAAGACACAUGAAAAGAUAUUUAGAUUCAAGUUAUAUUGUGCUGACUUUUGCAUGCGUUUUGGAGGUCUAGUACACAUGCACUAAAUUAUAACAUUAGAGUAAAGCACAUUGUUUGUUAUACAGAGCAAAGUAUUCUUUACCUAACAAAACUAUUUGACUAAGUCUACCGUAAUGAUUUUAAUUAAAAAUUUAGUGAGAACACCAGAUACUGUCUUUAAACUGUAAAUUUGUUCCCAAAUUCAUUCUCAAAUUCAAGUUAUACCUGUGUUUUAGAUGUGUUCGUUUCAUGUGAUUGUUUUCAGACCUCCAUGCCCUUGAAGUGGAACUGUGGAUCCACUGUUUUUGCACUAGACAUACACCCUUAAAGAGUUCAGAUUGUUACCAAGCUAACCUCUGUCUUGUAUGAAGGUUUUCUUGACACAACAUUUCAGAUGUAUUCAUUCUUAUGUCCAAGACAAAAAAUAAAUGUUGAGACCUGACUGAAUGCAGUCUGGAAUCUGGAUUGGAUAUGGGUUCUGGAAAUUUCAUGUACCCGUGUUUCAGGCUGCAAUUGAGUGAUGUGCCUCGAUUGAAAGGUUUCUGUCCUGGUUUGUUUUUCACAGCCCGUGUGUGUUUUGAACACCAAACAAUACUGCAUAAUCAAUCUGUGAAACAGAUCUUUUCAGGCUACUUUUAUGGGGUUUUACAUCAUUUUAUAUUCUGUUGGGUGAUCUUAUAUUGUCUUUGGUGCUCAGAUCCAGAUUUGGGACAUUUUUAGUACAUGUAACCACCAGUGACUCAGCAGACAAACGACAAAAAGACAAAAGUGAAAAUGACUGUAAUUAUUGUUGAAAUAUGAAUAUGUUUAAAGACACUGUUGAAGAUGCUGUUAUAUUUUCCAUCGCUGAACCCAGGCCAACUUUUGGACCCAAGGAGCAGUACAUAUCAGGGGUCUGUAAUUACAUGCUCCAUACAAUGUGUCAAGUUUAUCACUGCAUAAUUAGGGUUUCCUCUCAUUUUCUUAAAGAUGUCUCAGGGACGGACUUUGUGGGCUACUGGUAACCUUGAGAAUCUAUUACAUGGUUAGAAGAAGAGCAGUGUUUUCACCCAUUUAUUUAUGAUGAAACCUCUCGAGGUAUUGUUAAGUCUCUUAUUUUCAUUUCACUUCAAAAUUACUCUUGGCCAAUUUCUCAGCACACACAUAAAGGUACAGUUUGACUGAGGAGUCUGAGGCUGACUUGCUGGCGGUGGUGGUGACGGGGGCUACUGAGCAUGUAGUAGUAAGCGUGUGAGGUGCACUGAAUGUGGUUGUGGUUAUAGUUUCCUGCGGAUCCUGAACGCUGAGCCAGUCACUGUAGCGCCCCGUCUCACCAUUGGCUCUUGGCGUCCUCUUUGUGCUGCUCCUUUAUCACAUGGGUAUUGUUCAUCGGUUCAUUUUUCUUUGUAAUUUAUUUUUUACCUUUUUAUUUAUUCUUGUACAUUUGCCCAUUUCUACUGUAUACACUUCUGUGUGCAAUUACUUCUUAUUUUCUUUUUAUUUGUUUUGGUCUUGGACUUGUAUGUGCUUCAGUUAUUUGACUCUGUCCAGAGCAGGUUGGUCUGCAUUGUACCUGACAUUGCCUCAUGUGGUACUCAACCCAAAUUCUACUUAUUUAGUAUCGAUCAUUUCCUGUAGGCUGUAAGCAUUUUGUAGUUUGGCCAUUUAUGAAGAACACCUAUGGUCAGUCUGAAUUCAUGUUGGUUACAAAGGAUUUCAAUGGUGGCAUGUUUGCACAGUGUAAUUACACGUUCCACACGGUAAUUGUUUCACCAAAAUUCACUGCUUCUUUCAGAGCUUCACAGCUUUGAGGAGGACAAUAUUGUACAGAUGAAGUAGUUUAGUCAUCCAUAUAUCCAAAAUGUAGCAGUUUGGAGCAUGUUGAGCAUACAGAUAGACUGGAGAAUUGGAUUACGCUGCAGAAGCCGAUUGAGAAUUUUCUGUCAUCAUUUUGAUACUUUUUUCCCCUUUGAAGACUUGUUACUACUGGGAUACAUUGUAACAUGAAUUCGCGAUGACCACAGCUGCUGCUCUUCAUAAAGAAGAAAGCAACAAGCCUCACCCUACAUGUGUUUGAUACUCAAAAAAUAGAUUUUGGGUGGGGAAUUUCACUUAAAAGGUUGUGAUUUUCCAGGGAUGGGCCCCAACUAAUUCAGACCUUUUUCAUUAUCUUGCACCACCCGAUUCACCCGUCAUCAUGGGGUAGAUUCACAAUAUGUGGUUUAGAAAGGCAGUAGUUUCGAUGCAGUUUAACCUUUCAACAGAAUAUGACCUUUCCUUUAUAAUUAAUGACGCAUCAGCCAUCCCACCCAUUGCUAAUGAUACACAACAUUAGAAAUGCGUCAAAACACAGAAAAGGGUUGCCUCCAUAUUCUUCUCAGACCACAGGGCGUUGUGUUCAAUUCUUUAAUCUUGAUCAUUGUGUUGUAAUCAAUAUGCACUGGAAAGUACUUUGUUUCUGUAGAUCCCAUGGGUCCCUUAUCUUUUGUGUGUUAAUGUAUAGUAUAUACUCUGGAUUGUUCUCUUGGGCUGAUCUUGCCAUGUGUCAGAUGUAUGUCUGUGCAUUGACCAGGCAGGCUUGGGUUGCUGGCCUGUUUGAUUUAUUGGAAAGGGAAACAAGCCACCAUGGUGCCCUGUGUAGUUUUGUUAGAAUGAGGUUCCCAAGCUGCACUCAUCACAUUACAUGUGAGUGUGGAGACAGAGUGGGACAUGUAUUUUAUGGAAACCAUCAGUGUCUUGAAUUUUGUAGUCCACUUUAUAUACAUUUGAAGUUUUCGAGGAAGGUUUUGAUUUUGAAUUUUUUUUAACAAUAACAUUUCUUCAUGGUCUUUCUUAACUUUUUAAAAUGUAUUUUCUUAAGAAAAGGGGUCUGCUUUUAUAAGGACAGUUCAUGCUUUUAAAAUAAAUUCUAAUGCGAGUAUGAUCCUUUUGAAGUCCAUGAGAUCAAGGGCAUUUUUUUUUAUAUAAAAAUGAACUUGCAACAUUCCUUGCACAUCUCAUGGUGGUGUAUAAACAAAACCAAGCAAACCAAAAUAAUUCAUGGUUGUGGUUAAAGGGACAGUUCACACCAAAACCCUCUUACCUGUAGUGCUAUUUAUCCAUCUAGAAUGUUUUGGUAUGAGUUGCCGAGUUUUGGAGAUAUCGGUAGAAAGGAAAUAGUUCCUACAGGAAACUGCUCACAACAAGGUCUAUGGAUUUUUUUUUUUUUUUUUUUUUGGGCGCUUUGAGCACCACAAGCCAAGUGCCAUAUAGUCCCAUUAUAGUCAAAUAAAGCAAAAUCUCUAUGGCCGAUAUCUCCAAAACUUGGCAACUCACACCUAAACAAUAUAGAUGGAUAACUAGCACUACAAGUAAGAGGAAAAAUAUGUAUUUUUGAUUUUGGGAUGAACUGUGCCUUUAAUUUGGCUGAAUGAAAAUUAAAUGAAAUAUUUGCCCAAGUGUACAUGUAUUUCUGAAACCCUGGAAGAUGCCUUUAACUGCUCAGUUUCAACAAAGUCUUGAUUAUCACACACUCUCUGUAUACCAAGAAAUGAGACCCAGCGAAAAUGUAGCAUUUUUGUAAACAUUGACUGUGUGUUUUCGAGACUCUACUGUGCACUCAUUUUUGUGUUUAUAUAUAUUUUUGGUUGUUGAUAUAACAUGGAAGUAAAGACAAUUUGUUAUGUAGUGCAAUAUGCUGUACAUACAGAGCUUUGCUCUACAAAUCUUUUUUCUGGAUUUCUUGUUGUUUAUUGGUACUUUUUUUUCAAUAAAAUUUUAUUGAAGGUGUCAAA